AUGGAACCCCCCGAGCCAGGAUUCUGCUGCAGUAAGGAACUCACCGUUUCCCGUUGCCCGGGCUCUGGCUCACAGUUGAAGCCGGAAGCGGCUGAACGGACCGAGAGCACAGGCGCCUGGACCAGUGGUCUCGCGAAGGCGCUGCUUCUUGCCGUCACUUUCUCGGCCGGCUGGCUCUGCUCACGUUUCUCCAACGACUUCUCGAAUGUUCAGAGGCACUCGCUGAGCCGCUCGGAGGUCGACGAGAAUCACACCUCUCGUCCAUACCUUCGAGCGGCGGACCUUCCACUGGAGACGUUUCUCGGCAGGGAACACUAUGAGGCAGAGUCUCCUGACAUCGUCACUUCGCUCUCUAUGGAACCCAGGAGACUGGCGAAUGCUCCGCAGGAUGAUUCUUCAUCAGACAUGUCUCAGGUUGCAGCCUCUGACAAGCCAGAAGAAGCCGUGCAUCAUCACAGGACUCUGGCAUCAAACGCCAGCCUAAAAGAUGAGCUUUUGCCGCAGAGGAAGAAAGAUGGUGUCAAGCUCCGCGUUCUGAACCCUCACGUGUUCCGAGCAGAAUUGUGUCAGUUUCUGAGGAUCGGUGACGCACAGAUCAAGUCGUGGUAUGCGCUGCUGGUUCUGUACAUUGCGGAGUGGCCUGCGUACGCGCAAGUGGGAAACGGAGGCGAACGCUUCACAGACCAACUGCGAGCGUUCUCGGAGAACUUCGUCGCUCCGGAGCGCACCACACUUCAAGGCCGGGCCAUCUUCCAGGAUGAGAUCGACUGCGGAACGCCAAAGGUCUUCAAAGAGGGGCUGGAUGUCAUCAAGGGGGGCAUUCACAAUUUCGACGAUCUCGUUCGGAUCUUGAAGACUGUGGCGAGGACUGAACCGGAUUUUGCCAACCUCUUAGAUUACACGCAGUACUUCAAGCUGCCGACGAGAGCUGCAGUCACCGGCUUUGCCAUGAUUUUACGAACGGCGUUCGAGGGCAUGGUGUUUAGCUUCUGCAGGACGCUAUUCCUCAAGAACAGCACGAAAGGGAACUUCACUCGGAACGAGUUGUACAGCAACGUCGUGUGGCUUUAUCACCGCAACCAAACGCAGUACUGGAUGCUGCUGCUGGUGGCGAAGAUCAUCAAGCAGAUUGUCUCAGCGAGGCCACACAGCGGAAUCAUCAUUCUCAAAAGUGUAACAACGCUUCGUCCUGACAACAACGUUGCUGGCGAGAAUUCGGAAAGAGGGCCCAUCUUGGAGACGCUGUACGGUGUGGGGGCUUACAGCGCAUUGCAACAUAUCGUUGCGGGGAAUAUACAGAAGAAGCUGGAGAUGUCUCUGUCGCGGUUUCAGAAUCUGUCGACGGAAAGGGGCAUGCUGAGUACAGCCAAAAGUGUGCUUCAGCCGAAGGUCUUUGUAACCGGGUACUACGCGAAGAAUGCACGGGGAGCUCACGUGGAGGAGGGAUUGUUCGGCAUGGAGGUAGAAAGCGAGACACUGAACGAAUUGAAGGAAGACUUGCGUCCAAACAGCGUUCUCCUUCAAAUUUCCUUGGUAGACGAGUGGAACUUCAAGGAUCCUAAAGAGUGGCCAGAUCCUCGAACAAGUGAAAUUGGCGUGUUGACAGCGCAUACGGCCGUGCAGAUACUGCGGGCAGAGUUGGAGUGGGAUCCCUCCUUGGGCUCUCUCGGAGCCUUCUCUGUCGCGUAUACCGGUUUCACCGACAUGUACUCUCGCCAGCGGUCAGACCCAGAGAACCAUUUCGAUCCCGACGUUCAUCUUCUGGUUGUUGACGAAAUUGCGCGUUUCAGCAAGACGGGCGCAGAAGAGGGGUGUAAGAACAAGAUAGGCAAUCUGAUUGCCGAGGAACCUCUGCAUAUCAAAAGGGUUUUUGAUCGCGAUCGCAUAUCUGUCAAGGGAACUGCGAAAAUCCUCCCUGGCAGCGACGUUUUUAUGAGAGGCAACUUCGGGCUUGGCCUCUCUCUCGAGCUUCAGCGUGAGGCCGAAAAGCUUCUCCGCCCAGGCGCCAUUAUGAUCCAUGUGUAUAUCAAAGGAUUAGGAAAAAUGACUUCCGAGACCAACGACCUUGAUCUCACAGCAAGUGAGAUGGUGAACCGUCUUCUGCUGCGUUCGCGAGGAUACUACGAGAUCCCUGUUGUCAAAACCGUUACCGUCACCGGUCUCCAGACUGUGGAGGCGCGUGCGGUCGUCAACUGUAGCAACAAGGUCCCAGAAUGGGUCGUGGUGGUUUCUUCGUGCAGCGUUGCGGUGUUCUUCAUCGUCGUUAUCGGCGUGCUCAUGUAUCACGACCAACUGAAGUUGCCGUGGUGGCUGAACUGCAUAUGCAGCAGCAGCUCUCCAUGGGGGGGGGAUGCAGGAGACAUCAGCAGGGAUCCAACCGCGGUGGAACUGCCUGGCGAAUACGACAAAGCAAGUCUCCCCGAAUUGACAACGGUGGACGGGUCGGCAGACGGGACCGGUUACGAUGAAAUCGACGGCCGUGGUUGGCUGCCUGCGACGGCGAAAUGGGUUGGCGACAAAAGCCUUUCCGUGCACAAAUGCUCAGCGAUCUGCGACCCUCACAGACGGGUGUCAGGUGGUCAGUCCACUCGAGCCUCUUUUAGCUGUGUGCACCCAGAGACGGGGAGACCCGUGGGCGAGCGCGUUUUCUCGAGGCCAGACAACUUCAUUCAAGUGCAUUCCAGUGCACCUGUUGCGUCCCGGAAGACAACAGCUGGAGAUGAGAAACACUGA